AUGUCUCGUAACAGAGCGGGAGGUGGCGGAGCAUCUAACACAGGCGUGGCGAAUGGAUUUGAGAUAUUUGAAUUAUCACACAAUGGAACUAAAUUUGUUGCUGAAGAGGUGAUGCGACAUGAAACUGGCCCAAAUGUGGUGAUGAACUGCUCUGUACGUAAUGCUCAGGGCAGGACAUAUCUUUGCGCCGGGCAAGAGAGCCACUGUCAGUUGUAUAGGGUAAAUGUUCGUAUGGUAGAUGCUGCUGAAAUGCGCCGUGGAAGCUUUCGAGCAGAGAAUGGUUUGGUACGCCGUCGCAGACGCACAGUUUCUGAAAAUGAUAACAUAUCUAAAACAGAAAGUACUACUGUGGAAAAACGAAUAUCUUUUGAAAUACGCCCUUGUGACAGUGUACAAACUGAUUUUGGAGAAGACCCACUGCAAAGGGUAGUGAGGAUCAGUCAUAAUGGUAAGCUAAUGGCAACUGGUGGUAUAGAUGGCAAGGUUAGACUGUGGGGCUUUCCCAAAAUGCAACUGCUACACCAAUUAGAAGGACACACAAAAGAGCUGGAUGAUCUGGACUUUAGUCCUUGUGACAGUCGGCUGGUGAGCAUCGCUAAAGACGGUCUAGCGCUUGUGUGGGACACCUCAAGGUCACGUGAGCCCCUUUUGAAGAUCACCUGUGAACCACCCAACGGUACUAAAUAUCUGUUUAGAAGGUGCAGAUUCGGUGCGAACGAAGAACGUCCUAAGGAGCCGCGUAUGUUUACUAUCGCGAACCCAGUGUCGCGGUCAGGACGGGCGCGGGGGCUGCUGCAGAUGUGGACGGGGGUGUGCGCGGGGGAGGAGGACGGCGCGGGGGGCGUGCGGAGUGCUGCGGCGCUCGGUACUGCUGCCCGAGGCGCUGUCGGCGCUGGCCGUCCGUGA